GAGAGUUGUAAAGUAGACAACGCCCCAGACAGACUGCUUUCUUUCUUCGGAACUGUUGCUCAGUGAACUUUUCGCUCAGCUUGGAUUCAGUGGCACCAGGAAGUACGCCGAUCGGCUCAUUUGCUUCAAAGUAAACGAACUACAACGAUAGCAAGUGUUUCUCCACGUUUGCUGACAGGAACCCUGGCUCUAUAAGAAAACGUUACACAGUAUACUGGAAAUAUCUGCAGAAUGGCAGAAAGUGAGGCCACUCCGUUUGCAAACUGUCUGGAGAAACUGAAGAGCUAUGUGCGUACUCGGAAAGGGACGAUUCUGGCCGCCGAAAUACUCAUCAGUUUCAUCAUCAUCAUCUGUUAUGCUGCAUCUCUCUAUGGAGGAUAUUCAGCAGUUGCCAUAUGUGAGAUGGUCUUUGCCAUAAUCUUCUUCAUUAUCUUCAUGAUGGAACUGGACAAACAGAUCCAGGUUGUGAACUGGACCUGGAGUGACCUGUUCCGCGCUGGGAUUGGUGCACUCCUCUAUCUCAUAACCUCUCUGAUCUGUGUGAUUGGUGGAGCUGGGGAUGGGGCUCGCAUCGCUGGUGGGGUGUUCGGCCUGCUGGCUGGAAUCUUGUUUGGAUAUGAUACUUAUACUAUCUUCUUGGAUGUCAAGAACAAUAGGCAGCAUACAGCUGCUAGUACAGGUCGCUGAAGGCUGUUCAAAGAAUGUUUACGGCUGUCUUUUGGGAUUUUAAACAAACAGUAAUUCUGGGGGAUGCCAGUGGCAUCACUGGUAUCUCACCAAGAGCAAUGGCAUUUAAAAAGACAGAGCGUUUUGUAAUUUAGUUUCUUUCCCUUUUGCUUAUGUCAAGUAACUGUAACCAUUUAACCUAACUAACUAGUCCCUAAUCAUUUAAUUUGCACAUUCCUUUGUGUUUCCUUUGUCAUUUUUUAACAGCAGACACAGUUUGAAAGCUUCUCUCACUACAACAAUAACAGCAACCAAAACAUGGAUAAACGUUGUAACAUGGCUCAAAGGAGAGACGGCCAGCGAUUGAAGAAGAGCUUAAGACCAGAAGAAGAAAAAGGAUGAAAACAUUAGAUAAAAUGACUGAUGUUUAUGCAAAAAGGGAUGAAGUAAUUAGGAAGUUGUGUUUUGUGCUCUUUACUGCUUUUUUGUAAAUAAAAAAAUAGCCAAAUAUGAAGUUUGAGAAAGUAUUUGCUAUCCAAAGAGUUUCUAAAGAUUGUCUUGGUCAGCUUGUAUCUUUGGUGGGUUUUAAAAGCAGCAUUCUUCAUGUGCUGCUAAAAACACAUUUGAAAGGCAGUAAUUCUUUAAAACUCAUGGAUAAAUAACCGGUUUCACCCUGCAGUGUUUUAAAUUAAAGUUAAAAUAUGUUGGAAAACUUGAUCUAGUCUAGUUUAGUUUGGUGCUGUUUUUGUCUGAUAAGACAUUAGUUUUUUUUUUUACUUUGGUAUGAUGUACAAUUUCAACCAUUCUUUGUACCUGUAACCAAUUUUCAGUAGGUUUUAAUUGUCCGUUUGUUUUUUGCCAAUCAGCUCAACUAGUUUAUAGACACAUUCAACUCAGUUGCAGUCCUGUAUAGGUAAAAAGCAGUUGAAUUAAUUGUCUGACUGUUUAAAGAACUGAUCUAAACUCUUUUACAAUGCCUUUGAUAUUUAAGACACCAAGUUCAAAUUUCCUUGGGUUGGUACAAUAUCUUUAUUUUAAUUAACCUUGCUUAAAUAUUAGCAUAUAACAUGUUACCUCGAAAGAUGCUCACUAUUUGCCAUACAUGUGUUGUUUUUUAUUUUAAUAAACUGAGUCAUGUAUUGGAUGAGUCAUGUAACGUCUUAGAAUAUGGCUUUCAUCACAUGCAACCCUUUUCAUUAGUUUAGGUGUGUAAGUAAAAGCAAAGCAAAAUUGUGAAAUUGUUACUACCCUUUGUUUUUUUUUAUUGUUUGUUCUCAAGAAAAAAAUUAAUGAUUAAUUUUUAUUUUGAAGAGAACAGUCAUGAAAAAUUGCACAACAUGGUCAGUUAUCUUUUCCUAUGUAUGGGUUGGACAGUGACCUACAGUUUAGUACAACACAAAAAUCUGGCAUUUUAAAUACAGUUUAUUUUAUUUAUAAUUAUAAAUGAUCAUUCGGGGGUUUUCAACAUUGUUUUCUUGUUUUAUCCUGUUCAUAUCAGCUUUAUGUUUGGAAGAACUUAGCUUUUCCACACUCAUUUCUUGAUAUCAUUAUUUAUGAGUUGGGCAGAAAGGGUAACAGUUUUGUUUUGUCUUUUGUUUCAUCAACUCAGGAUGUUUUGAAACCGCAAUUUGUAAACAAACGUUUUGAGUACACUAUGCUUUUUAAAUGAUGGAAAAUAGUUUCAGAAUGAUAUCCCACUAAUUCGUGUUUCUGGUAUUUUGAUAAGAUUUCACACCAUUUAAUAAAAGUUACAUGUUUUACUA